UGCCCCCAAAUCCAAAUGAAAUGCGCGCUCCAAUUUGAAACCCAUUUCCCAAUUACUCGGAGGGUCGAAGUCGUUUGGUUGUUCGCGUGCCCUCCAAUUGUUAUCUUUAUUUUUGUGAAUCUUGCUUCGCUGUAUGCAUUUACUGCUCAAAAACCGUAUCUUAUUCUGUAGGAUUUUAGUUCUUCUGGCCUCUGUCGUUGUUCCGGCUCGCUAGAUCUGAGCCACAAAUGCCAUGACGCGGGUUUCUUUCCUUUUUGCGUAAUUAUUUGCGCCGUCCAUCGUUAUGGGAUGAGAUCUGCCGGAUUUGUAGUUCCGUGCUUGAGGAUGCAGUAUAAUCGACUUGCUUGUUUCUCUAUUCAAAUUGUUUGACUUUUGCUGUGGUUGCUUAGGAUCAUGGGUAGGCUCCGGUGGUGAUUAAUUCACGGCUGGAUUGCUGGAAUUUUAGGUUGUUUUCGUCUGGCAAUUAAGGAAAGGGUAAUAAAAGAUUGGGUAGAUGAAAAGGUGAACAGCUUAGUCUAGCAUCGUCAUUGUGGAACACGAAGAGAGCUGUCCUCCCCAGGAAUGUUCGGUGGAAGAUUCUAUUCCCAAGUGAUAAAGGUUGUAGCGUCAUGGGUCAUGCUCCACUUCGGCUGCAGGGUGAUAGGCUGAGCACCACACUGUUUCUUGGAGAGGUUUGUGACAGACUAUUGGGGUGAACACACCCACAUAAAAAGGAAGAGAGAGAGAGAGAAAGCUCAAGUGCUUGAAGUGUUUUACAAAAAAAAAAAAAGAGCAAUGAGCUUCUGUACAAGGGCUUGUUGAAGGAUUGUGCCAUAUAUUUGUUAGGGAUACAUGUACACUUGACUCAUGGGCGACUGGGUUAUAGGGGCGUUGAUAAACAUUGUGGGGAGUGUUGCCAUAAACUUUGGCACCAACCUUCUGAAAUUGGGCCAUGAUCAGGCGGAACAAAGGUUCUGUUUUAUUUGGCAGAACGAAAUUUCUCAUUGUUUUACCUCUGCGCCGAGCAACCUUUCAAACAAAUUAUAUUAUGUCCGUUUUAUUUGGCAGAGAGAAAAGCUUUCCGCAAUUAACAACAAUGAAGGCAAUGACAAAUUUGUCCCAAAAUCAGUUAUGCAUUUCCAGACUUGGAGAAUAGGUAUACUCUUUUUUGCUGUUGGGAACUGCCUCAACUUCAUGUCCUUUGCAUAUGCCGCACAGUCACUUCUCGCAGCUCUCGGAUCAAUUCAGUUUGUGUCCAAUAUUGCAUUUGCCUACUUUGUGUUGAACAAGACUAUUUCUGUGAAAGUCAUGGUAGCCACAACAUUUAUUGUCUUUGGCAACAUCUUCUUAGUUUCCUUUGGCAACCAUCAAUCACCUGUUUACACGCCGGAGCAGUUGAUUGCAAAAUACAGUAAUUUGGUGUUUGUUCUCUAUUGCAUGUCUUUGGUCUUUGUGGUUGCAUUCAACCAUUAUCUCUAUAGGAGUGGAGAAACUAUUCUUUCAAAUAGUUCGAAAGACACUGCCACAUAUUGGAGAACAAUGCUGCCAUUUUCUUAUGCUGUUGUAUCUGGCGCUGUUGGAUCUUGCUCAGUCUUGUUUGCAAAAUCACUUUCUAACAUGCUGAGGCUGACUAUGAGCAGCAGAUACCAGUUCCAUAGCUGGUUCACAUACUCAAUACUUCUGCUAUUUCUGUGCACUGCUGGAUUUUGGAUGGCAAGAUUGAAUGAAGGGCUGUCUCUCUUUGAUGCAAUACUGAUUGUUCCAAUGUUUCAAAUUGCAUGGACCUUCUUCUCUAUUUGCACAGGAUUUGUUUACUUUCAAGAAUAUCAAGUAUUUGAUACACUCAGGAUAAUGAUGUUUGUAUCGGGCAUGACAUUUGUGUUUAUAGGCAUUUCCUUGCUAGCACCUGAUGACAGUAAAGGAGCUGACAUCAAAGAUGGUUCUAGUGCUACUCAGGACCCUGUGAUUGAUACAAACAGAAUUGGAAAGAUGCAGAUGGAGGAGGCAGAAGUAGAUGAUACCAAUUCCUUUGUAACUUCUGUAAAAGUAAAAGCAAGACAUGUACUGCAGAAGGCAAAGUCUGCGUGCUCCAUGUCACUUGGCCUUGGGGAGGAGACCAUAAGCGCUUCUUCGGUGCUUGCAAUGCCUAUGGCCUCUUCAAGAACAACUGGCUUUAGAGGAAAUGACCGAUCAAAGUAUGUUCCUUUACGAACUACUGAUUGGAAUAAUCUGUAGCCGAUGAUGAUCCAUAGACAUACACCACAGAUCUUUACUUUUAGUGUUGCCAAGCGGGUGCCAGUAAAGUUUUUUGUUGCUUCCCGUGGCAAUUGUUUGUUCUACGUCGUAGUUAGCUGUAACAUGAGUGUAUAGUCCAACGUUUUUCCUUCAAACCCUGUCCAUACUCAGGUUGUAAUUCUUGGAAACAGCUGCCUACACUACAUGUAUAAACACAGUGUUUGAAUAAAACUCUUAAGUGAUUC